UGAAUUACAGCAGGCAGAGAGAGAGAGAGAGAGAGAGAGAGAGAGAUGGCGAUGGUGGCGCCUCCAAGCAGCGAGUCCGAGCCUGAAAUCGAGAACAACGAGAACCCAAAUCGCCCAGAUGGCUUAAAUCCAUCUGGCUCUCCUCUGGUUUGCGUUGCAAGGUUUGCGGGCGACUCAGCUGCCGGCGCUCUCAUGGGCUCGGUGUUUGGUUACGGUUCAGGAUUGCUGAAGAAGAAAGGAUUUAAAGGAUCCUUCGCUGAUGCGGGGUCUUCUGCAAAGACAUUUGCAGUUUUAUCUGGAGUUCACAGCCUUGUUGUCUGUUUCUUGAAGAGACUACGAGGAAAAGAUGAUGUAAUCAAUGCAGGUGUUGCAGGAUGUUGCACAGGUCUUGCUCUGAGUUUUCCAGGUGCCCCACAGGCUCUUCUGCAGAGCUGCGUUACCUUUGGAGCUUUCUCAUGUAUCAUUGAAGGGCUGAACAGGCAGCAACCAGCACUGGCCCACCCUUCAUCAAUGGCUGUUGGUUCCACACACCCACAUGCUGUUCUUCCUCCAUUUACACUCCCUCUCCCAAAUAACAUCCUACAAGGCUUUUCUUCCUUUUGUCAGUCAUUGCCAAAGCCUCCCAAGAAAAUGCACUCACCACCCUUCAACUAAAACACAUCACAGAUGGCCCACUUCUGUUUUGGGCCUUUUUCUAGAGAUUAUGUAGCUUUUGAAUAUUGGAUUCUGUAAAUGAAAGUGAGUGUAUUUGAAUUGGAUCUUUAUUGCAGCUGAUUUAGGGAAUUUCUCCUCUUUAUUGUAUUUCAA